AUGUCUGGAUUCGGCACUUUGUUUAGGGUUACCACCUACGGCGAGUCCCACUGUAAGUCAGUGGGCUGUAUCGUGGACGGUUGUCCUCCCGGAAUGGAAUUAACCGAGGCGGACAUCCAACCACAAUUAAGCAGAAGAAGACCUGGCCAAAGCAAGUUGUCCACGCCAAGAAACGAGAAGGACCAAGUCCAAAUCCAAUCCGGAACCGAGAAUGGCUUGACCUUGGGCUCUCCAAUCGGUAUGUUGGUCCACAACGAAGAUCACCGUCCCAACGAUUACUCAGAAACUGAUUUAUACCCAAGACCUUCCCACGCUGACUGGACCUACAUACAGAAGUACGGUGUCAAAUCGUCUUCUGGAGGUGGCAGAUCCUCGGCCAGAGAAACCAUCGGAAGAGUUGCUGCUGGUGCCAUUGCUGAAAAGAUCUUGCAAAAGGCCAACAACGUCGAAAUUGUCGCUUUUGUUUCCAGUAUUGGUGAAAUUGCCAUGGACAGAAACCCAACCGACCCAAAGUUCCAGAACUUGUUGAACACCAUCACCAGGGAAGAAGUCGACGGUGUUGGUCCUAUUAGAUGUCCAGACCCCACUGUCAGAGACGAAAUGGUGAAGGUCAUCGAAAAGUACAGAGAUGCCAAGGACUCCAUAGGAGGUGUCGUCACUUGUGUGGUCAGAAACUGUCCUGUUGGAUUGGGUGAGCCAUGUUUCGACAAAUUGGAAGCCACCUUGGCCCACGCUAUGUUGUCUUUACCAGCCACCAAAGGGUUCGAGUUUGGUUCCGGUUUCUACGGUACUCAAAUCCCAGGCUCCAAGCACAACGAUAUGUUCGUAUUCGAUGAAGAACGUAAGACCUUGAGAACCAAGACUAACAACUCGGGGGGUGUUCAAGGUGGUAUCACCAAUGGUGAAAACAUCUACUUCUCUGUUGCGUUCAAGUCCGCUGCUACCAUCUCUCAGGAACAAGAAACUGCUUCCUACGAAGGUGCAUCUGGUGUCUUGGCUGCCAGAGGAAGACACGAUCCAAGUGUCACCCCAAGAGCUGUUCCUAUUGUUGAAGCCAUGACUGCCUUGGUUUUGGUCGAUCAACUUUUAAUUCAAAAGGCAAGAGAUGCUGGCAGAUUAAUUGUUAGUAACUAA